AUGAAUCCAAUAAGCACACCAGACAAAACCUCCAAGUCAUUGAUUGCAAUGAACGUUUCUCUCCUUACCGAAUAUCAAUCUUUGAUAGACCGUAUAUUUGCUUCCAUCGCUGCAAAUGUUGAAGGAAAACCAACAGAGCGACCACCUGUUGACAUAAUGAAAGAUAUUGUAGAAUUGGACAAAAAAAUGCAACAAGGUCUCGAUCAAAUUCACAAAAAGAUUUUACAAGUUAUUAAAGAAAUUGAGAUUGAAAAUAAUGCAAUCAUGGAGUUUGUAAAUGAAUUAAAAAGCGGAAAAGAACAGCUUGAAAUAUGUUUGGACGCGGCAAAUGAAACAAUUCAGGCCAUAAAUUUUGCCUCCGAAU